AAAUGGUAAAAGCUCCAAAGUCAAUAUUGAUUAAAGAUGAGCAGCACAGAGGCAAACGGCAAGGAGAGCGCACAUAUUUCCAAGAAGGCCAAAAUGAGCGUAUACAACUCGGGCCACCUGGAAGGCAUCCCUGCAGACACACUCAGUAAGGUGCAGAGGUACCUGGAGUGUUUCCAGCUGUCUGUGGAGAAGCUGCAGGAAGUCUCGGCCCGGCUGAGGAGGGAUCUCAUCCGAGGUUUGGGGAAACACAGUCACCACAAGGCGGCUGUCAAGAUGCUGCCCACCUUCGUCAGGGCCACACCGGACGGGACAGAGAAGGGCGACUUCCUGGCGUUGGAUCUUGGUGGAACAAACUUCCGGGUGCUUCAUGUCCGUGUGAUGGAGGAGGAGCAGAAAGUGCUGAAGAUGGACAGUCAGAUCUGUGCCAUCCCAAAGGAGAUGAUGCUGGGAACUGGAGAACAGUUGUUCGACCACAUCGCUGCCUGUCUUGGUGAUUUCCUUGUGUCUCAGAAUCUGAAGGGACAAACUCUUCCUCUGGGCUUCACCUUCUCCUUCCCCUGCGAACAGAAGGAAAUCGGCAAGAGCAUCCUGAUCCGCUGGACCAAAGGCUUCAACUGCUCCGGAGUGGAGGGCAAAGAUGUGGUGCAGUUACUGAAAGACGCCAUUCACAGGAGAGGGGACUAUGAUAUAGGCUCAGUUGCCAUGGUGAACGACACAGUGGGCACAAUGAUGAGCUGCGGGUACAAAGACAAGAGCUGUGAGAUCGGCAUUAUCAUCGGUACGGGAACCAACGCAUGCUAUAUGGAGGAGAUAAAGAACGUGAAGCGUGUGGAGGGCGAGGAUGGGCGGAUGUGCAUCAACACAGAGUGGGGCGGCUUCGGAGACGACGGCUCCCUGAAAGACAUCCAGACGGAAUUUGAUGUGGUGGUGGACGAGACGUCCAUCAAUCCCGGCAUCCACACGUUUGAGAAGAUGAUCAGUGGAAUGUAUUUAGGAGAAAUCGUUCGGCUGCUGCUGGUGAAGCUGACGGAGGAAAAGCUGCUGUUUAAUGGGCAGACAUCGGAGGCGCUGCUGACCCCGGGCGCAUUUGAGACAAGGUUCAUCUCUGAGAUUGAGGAGAAUGACAACGGUCUGGAAAAUGCACAGAAUAUUCUGACCAAACUGGGAUUGAAAUGGGAUCCAGUUGACGCCCGUGUGGUGCGACUAGCCUGCGAUGCCAUCUCGUCACGCUCUGCCUGUCUCUGCGCUGCGGCCUUGGCAACACUAGCAAAUCGUAUCCGCAACAACCGCGGGCUGGACCAUCUAAAGACCACUGUGGGAGUGGACGGGACGGUCUACAGGAAACACCCCAAUUUCAGCGAGGAGCUUCAGGCGACGGUGCGCCUCCUCGCCCCCAAGUGUGACAUCACCUUCCUCGUCUCCGAGGACGGCAGCGGGAAGGGCGCUGCCAUGGUAACGGCUGUGGCGCAGCGGAUUGCUCUCCAGUCCCGACUGUUGGAGGACAGUGACGGUGAGAUCGACGAUGACGAGGAGGAGGAAGAUGCAUAAAGAGAUGCAGAUGAGACACAACAAUCCCAGCAAGUUUUUCUCCUGCACUACAGGAUGUCACAUGUUCUUUCACAAGCUCUGUAAUUUUUUUUUUUUAAACAUUUUACAGCCAAAAAAAAUAAUAAUUAAGGACCUUAGAAAGAUUAUCCUAUUAUUGAGUCAUCAACACAGGAGAGAAAACAAUUGCGAUCACACUUAAAUAAAUUGUAUCACCAGAAGGUUUGUAAGGACAACUCAAAAUUCACACAUGUGCUAUCAGAAUUAUAGAAUUAAUUAACAGAAUUAAACUUUUUUGAACCAGCUGAGAUGACAAAGACAGUAGAAGGCAUAAAAAACAGAAAAUACACAUAUAAGCAAAAAUUAUAUAUACAGAGUUAGGGAUAUGGGGGUAACUGGAAGCUUAAUACAUUUUUUUCCUUUGGUUUACAGCCUUUCAAAAAUAUGCACUGUUUUUAAUAAAGAAAUAUGCUUACCAGAUAGGCCAAUCGGAGCUUGGAUAUUUUAUUUAGGAAAAGCAGCAUCAGCUUAUCAUCUUCUAUUUUGAGGAAAGCAUCUUUUUUUCUGUAUGCUAUAUUUGCACUGCUGCCAGGCUUUUGAUUGCUUUUAAAUUACUUUAAUUGUUUUGUUUUCUGGGCUGUAGGAACAAAACAAACCUUAUGGUGGCUGUAAUGUGGCUGUGGACUUUUAGUUCAGUUGCUUCCCAUCACUACACCAUUGCUGGUCCUCUGCCCACGUUCCUGUUGCAGUGAUGCACAGGGACGCUAUUCACGCAGUUAAAGAGUACCAUUACCAGAGUAGUUGUUGAGACAUUGUAUGAGGUAUUUAUCCAUAGUCAGUAGAUGGCAGUUGACACGACUCCAGUUUGGGCAAGCAGGCAGGAGUACCGGCGUGGAAGCUAAGCAAUUUACUUCUACAUUCUCUAUCAGACAGCCCGGUUUAAGCUUACGCAGGGGGAACUGAAGCCAUUGUCUAUGCUCUCUUCAAGCCACCAGACUCUAUUAAUAAACACAGUGAUUUUAACUUCAACAGCAUAGGGGUUGCUGGCCUGACUCUGGCUUGAUCAGUUAGUUACCUAGUUUGUGUUGUUGUGUGACUUUGGUUAAUUUGGAUUCACCAAGGUCAGACAGCAACCCAAACAAACCAAACGAUUGAAGAAGCUUCAACUACCCGUGCUCCGCAAGCUAAAAUGAUUGUUUUUGUGAAUGGAGGUUGGUGGCUUUAAAGAGAGCAAAAGUAACGGCUUCAGUUCCCGAUGUCUAAACUUAAACAGGGCUUUCUGACAGCAAGGUAAUGGUGAAAAUAUUCUAAAUAUACCAUACACUUAAACUGAUAAGGAUUUUUGUAGAUGGGCCUUUUUGAAGGAAGCUAAAAUGUGUUUAGAUGCAACUCUUGUCCUCAGCAAACAUUUCUGCUUUGCCUUUCAAACUGGAGCAAUGCUGACUGCCAUCCACUCUAGGUAAUGCACUUACCUCAAGCAGCACUUUUAAAAGUCCAAACUAUCUUUUUUUAAACUACAGGUUGUUUCAGUAAUCCUAAAAAUUCAUGUAUUGCAUCACACAGAUUAGAAAUGACAGAGGUGGACAAGAGCAGAGGAAGUGGAAGAGGAGGGGGUGAUGUUAUUACUUGAACCUGCACAGUCAUGUUUUAGUCUUUAUAUUUGUUUCUCUUAAGGUGCUCAACAUAUCACUGCUGUUUUUGUUUUGGAAUGGGAAAUAAAGGGACAUUUUUCUAGCACAAGGUGGUAUGAGUAAUUUGUCUGUAGUGAUACUGAUGCAUGGCCAUGAGCACCAAUGCUUUUAAGUAAUAUUAUGAGUGAAUAGACAGUUAACAAAUGCUGCGGUAGAAUGAGACAACAGCAAUCACAAAGCACAAAUGCUGUUUGAUAAGACCUCUAUCAAUCUUUUUUGUUUUCUUUUGUAAUGGU